AAACCUGCAGAGUGAAGGCAGAUGUAGGAGAGACACAAAAACUGUCAACAGGACCCCUGCACAGAACUGAAGAUAUUUAGAAGCUACUUCAUCACCUGUGCUUUAAGUCUAGCUGCGAGAUGGACAGCUAAUCGAGGAUGCCCCUCUCCCCCUUCACUCCCCCACAAUGACCUCUGUCCAGUAUAAACACAAAAGCCUAUAGGGUGCACUUUGGAGCCAGAACAGCGGGACAUAUUUCAGCUCCCCCGGCUUGCAGGAUGUCGCGAGUGGAUCUUCUCCUCAUAGCCUGCUUCUCCCUGCAAAUCUUCUGGCUGAGCUGUGCAGCUGCGGUGCUCCUGCCCCAGGACGAAGCAAACUCUGUGCUGAGGAGGCAGCGACGUUUCAACACGGGAGGUCUGGAGGAGCUUCGGAAGGGCAACCUGGAGCGGGAGUGUAUGGAGGAGCGCUGCAGCUGGGAGGAGGCGCGGGAGGUCUUCGAGAACGUGGAGAAAACGAUGGAAUUCUGGGCAAAGUACGAAGAUGGUGACCAGUGUCAGUCCUCGCCCUGCCGGAAUGCAGGCCAGUGCGUAGACAGCGUGAGCUCCUACACCUGCUUAUGUCAGGCGGGAUUCAUGGGUACAAACUGUGAGAUCAGUAUGGUGAGGAAGUGCAAUGUGAAAAAUGGUGGUUGCACACACUUCUGCAUAGAUGUGAGUGGAGGCAGGACCUGCACCUGUGCAGCCGGGUACCAGCUUGGCCAGGAUGGAGCUACCUGUGAGCCAAAAGGUGACGCGCCAUGUGGCACACUUGGAAUGGCAGUGAUGGCCACCAUGAACAGCCAGACUGUGAAAGCCCAAGAUGGUGUUCAGCCAGCACAGCAGGCUAACGCAGCCCGUGGUGUCAUCAACGCAGGAAACAAACCUGCCCCUGUGGUCAUAAAACCCGCCCCUGUGGUCAUAAAUCCCGCCCCUUUGGUUGUCAAACUGGCCCCAGUAGCCAACAGCCCAGCCCCUGGGUUCAGGAAACUUGCCCCUGUGGAUGGCAAACCUGCCCUUUUGGCCAGCAAUCACACCCCUGUCGUUGGAAACGCCACCCUUGCGGCCGGCAGCCCGCCCAAUGUGGUUGGUAACCCCACCUCUGUGGCUGGCAAACCUGCCCCCGUGGUCAGCAGUCCCACACCUGUUGGCAACAAAACCAUUCUCACUUUCAACAGACCAACUGUUGUGGGCAACAAACCCACACCUGAGAUCCAGGGAGAGCUGCCCACGUCAACAGAACAAGACACUGAUUCUGUUAGGACACGUAUCGUGGGGGGCUACGAGGUGAUCCCCGGGGAAAUUCCCUGGCAGGUGGCGCUGGUUGACCAGGAAACCCUAACAGUCUUCUGCGGGGGCUCUAUCCUGAGCGAAAGAUGGGUGGUGACGGCGGCUCACUGUCUCUCAGAGGAAAUGGGGCCCUUCUUCAUCAGAGCAGGGGAGCACAACCUGAAGAAGCGGGACGGAACUGAGCAGGACGUGGGGGUGGCAGAGCGGCUCCUGUACCCGCAGUACAACGCCACUGUGAGCCGCUACAAGCACGACAUCGCACUGCUGCGUACGCAGACGUCCAUCAGGCUCACAGAGGCGGUCAGACCCAUCUGCCUGGGGCCCCAAGCGUUUACAGAGUGGCUCCUGCAGGAAGGCGCCCCCAGAGGCCGGGUGAGCGGCUGGGGCCGGCUGAAGUACGGCGGGGCCACAUCUCCGGUCCUGCGCAAGGUGGACCUUCCGUUCGUGGAACGCACGCAGUGCAAGGCCAGCAGCAGCGAACGCAUCACGCACCAGAUGUUCUGCGCCGGCUCUGCCGACGAGCCCAAAGAUGCAUGCCAGGGUGACAGCGGGGGGCCGUAUGCUAGCAGGAGGGGCAGCUCCUGGUUCCUCACCGGCAUCGUCAGCUGGGGCGAGGAGUGUGGCGCCGAAGGAAAGUAUGGUGUGUACACACGGGUCUCCUACUACUCCCCCUGGAUCGCUCAGGUCAUGGGGCUUCAGGACUCCCCUGCCGCCCCCCCAAGGCUCUGACCCCACCCUUUAAGGGGGGGGGGCACAUCUGAACUUAACCUGUGUACAGAGACAGCCCAACCCUAUUCAGCGUCCUAAGCAACUCUUGAUUAACCUAGACAUCUUCCCUCGCACCCAGACUUACUGAUCAGUUUGGGUGCCGCCUGGUGGUUGCUGAGCCCAAAGCAACUGCUUAUGCCUUGGACUGUCCCUCCCCGUGGGACCCGCAAGCGUUAUGGUUUUAACACAGCAGGAAAAGUAUUUUAUACUUUUAUUCUUGUUUUAAAUUACAUUCGAUUUGUAACAGGGGUAAUGAUUUAACAUGACUGAAAUAAGACAGUGACUGAUGGAUGUGACCACGCAGCCUCAUCAACUGUGGGAGUGAAAACAUGAGGCUAUCAGUUUCAGGCCUGCUUCUGCCUGUUAGCAAAAGGCCCCAGUGACUGCGUGGAACAUACUGGAAUGAGGGUCUGUGAAAGACACCUACUACUGUCAAAUGACUCACACACAGACAGACAGACGGAUGGACGGACAGACAGACAGACAGACGGAGACGUGCGGUUGGGAGCCUGGAUCUCAUCGUCUCCUUCAGCCACACGUUAUUUUGUACAUUUUACGUUCCCAUUUUUCUCCUCCGCAAAUUAAACUGCCAUAAAGAUCUUUUGGACAAACUUGCUUGUAGAAAUGAAUUUUAAUAAAUAAAAUCUGACUGUUUAAAAUAGAA